AUGUUUGGCUGUCUUGCGUCUGGCCGGCUGGUCCAGACAGAGCCAGUCGCAGUCGACCCCGCGCGAGUCGUCUUCACCAUCGACGAUGCUGACAAGAUCAACCACUUGGUCGUCUUCCUGCUUGGGCACAUCCCAUUCGACGAAGGCUUUGGUGGAGCGGUCUACUUUGGAUGGCCGUCCGCGGAGGGGCCCGUCUGGCAGUACCUUGGCUUCAUUUCCAACUUGAAGCCCAGCGCCAUCUUUCGCGUCUCCAAGACACGACCGACGCAGUCGGAAGCUGCUGCGCCGUUUGCCAGCAUGUACCAGAACGCAGCGCCUAUGGGCGGCUUCCAGCAGAAUUUUGGUGGCUCCAUGAUGGACUCCGAGCAAGCGCAGUACCCCGCGUACAUGUACGAUGCGUCGUCCAUCCAAGCACAAGUCGGCAUUUCCAUAGAGCCCCUCGACGACAUUGCCCAGCAAACCCCACUAGCGGACGAGGCAUCACAGGCAGGCGGAAUGAUUGGAUUUACGCAAGCGAUGCUCGCCAACUUUUUCAACUAUGCCAUGUCGUUUUCUACUCCUACGCCCAAGUACAACGAAGAGUAUGUACCAACAAGCGUUGUCAAGCAAUGGUACGAAUCCUUCGAACGGAAACUGGCGCUAAAUCCAAAUUUCUGGAAGCAGUAG